GCAUUUGCUGCGAAACGCCAAGAAAAUGGCGCAUAAUCAUGGAAGUCAUAACGAUCUCUAGAACCCGCAAUUUCUCCCUGGAUCAUGUUAUUUUCUCAUUGAUGGUACUCACCCGUUUAUUUCUAGAGUGACACACGCUUAAAAAAAGCGAGAAUGAAGCUUCUGCACAAAUACAUCGACAAGGACGGUAGCGGGAACGUUACCUGUGUUCCUGAAGAAGCAGAGGACAUGUGGCACGCGUACAACCUCAUGUCGGAGGGUGACAGCCUCAAAGCCUCAACCAUCAGGAAGGUGACGACGGAGUCAGCCACGGGCAGCACCGGCAGCAACCGGGUGCGCACCACGCUGGUCAUUCGCAUCGAGACCAUCGACUUCGACACCCAGGCAUGCAUGCUCAGGGUCAAAGGACGCAACAUCGUCGAGAACCAGUACGUGAAGAUGGGUGCAUACCACACUUUGGACCUGGAGAUGAACCGCAAGUUCACCCUCGCCAAACGGGUGUGGGACAGCGUCCACUUGGAGCGACUUGACCUGGCCUGCGACCCGACCCAGCAUGCGGACGUGGCUGCGGUGGUGAUGCAGGAGGGCCUGGCGCAUGUCUGCCUGGUGACGUCCGCCAUGACGCUGGUGCGCGCCAAGAUCGACAUCAGCAUCCCCAGGAAGCGCAAGGGCAGCUGCUCACAGCACGACAAGGGUCUUCAACGCUUCUAUGAGGCGGUGAUGCAAGCCAUCCUUCGUCAUGUCAACUUUGAUGUUAUCAAGUGCGUGCUGAUUGCGAGCCCUGGUUUUGUCAAGGACCAGUUCUACGAGUACGUGUUUCAGGCUGCGGUCAAGCUGGACCUCAAGGUUCUCCUCGAGAACAAGGGCAAGUUUGUGCUGGCCCACGCGUCGUCGGGGUUCAAGCACUCGCUCAGAGAAAUCCUCCAGGAUCCUGGAGUGCAGUCCAAGCUGUCGGACACCAAGGCAGCCGGAGAGGUGAAGGCCCUAGACCAGUUCUACCAGGUGCUGCAGAACGAGCCCAGCCGUGCAUUCUACGGGACAAAGCACGUGGAGCGGGCGAACGAGGGACAGGCCAUCGAGACCCUGCUCAUCUCUGACAAGCUCUUCAGGUGCCAAGACGUGGCGCAGAGGAAGCGGUACGUCGCCCUGGUGGACUCGGUUCGAGACAACGGCGGAGACGUAAAGAUCUUCUCCAGCCUACACAUUUCAGGAGAGCAGCUAGACCUGCUGACAGGCAUUGCGGCUCUGCUCCGGUAUCCGAUGCCCGAACUUGAAGACGAAGAGCUGAGCUCUGACGAGGAGGGCUAACAGCUGUGUGCCCUAGGAAGUUUUAAUUUAAUUACCGCUAUUGUUGUUACGAGGAACGGUGUACAUACACGACGACUGUCAUCUAAAUUAUUGAGAGCUGCGGAGAAAUGGCGGGCAAUUUUUCCAGCAUCAAAUGCUUCCACCGAAUACUUUUACUACCAUUUUAGGAUUAGCCCAAUUAUGCUAGGAAGUAUGGAAUAAUAUCCAUUCAUUUUGUAAUGUAAUGCUAAUAUAUUUGCAUAUUCUGCAUUUGAUUCUGGAGUUUAAAAGUGUCCGAAAACGAUUGCUAAACUAUGCACGACGAGUAAAAGCUCAGGCUAAUGAAGCUGCGCGAGAGGCGAAAAUUGCUCGAAGCAUUCCCUUUUUGAGGAUAUAUAAACAUGUACCACUUUUGCCCGUUU